UCGAGACUAUUGCAUGCACGACCGAAGACCUGUAUCAAGAUAUAUUGAACGUCAUAGCGAGAGACGACGCUCACAAGUAGAGAGUUGGCAGUCCUGGGAGAGGGGUGACAGGUAGAAUGUCACACAUUACGAGGAACAGUACUGAACGCUCAGCACUGGCAGCAGGCAUGACCACGAGGAGAGAGAAACGAUCAAAAACAACACGAAUGCGGACAACUGAAGAGAAAAAAAACGUCAGAGAUGACAGCGUGGCAGAGGUCACGAUCGAUUGCAAUCAAGAGAAAACAAUAUCGACGAAGCAGGAAAACUCCGAACGAAGCAAAGUGGAAACGCAAAAGGUCGACAAGGGAGCGUCGCACACCGAGAAGAGGCCACAAACCACAACAAGAGAAGGCGAAGAAGCAACAGAGAGGACGGCGGCAAAGUGCAGAAUAAUGACAAUCGAGGCUAUGUUGGAGAGAUGGGAGCACCUGUCACAGAAGGACCCGUGGUACAACAGAAUGUACUUGGCAGCGACAAGUGGAACAAUUCGGUCAGUGAAUCUCGCAAACCUAUCAGAGUCAUGCGGGAAGACAACACAGGCAAAGAAGGGCGAGAACGCAUCAAGCUCGUCGGAUGGGUUCGAGCUUGUUGACGAGACGAACAUAUAUCCACUCAUGUGGAAAGGCAAAAGGGAGGAGAUCCGACUGGCGGAGGCAGAUGUGAUGUGCUUGGUCGUUGGGAAGUGGCUCAAUGACAAUGUAAUGGAUAUGUAUUUGCUGUCCAUAUACGAAGAGCAAUUGCAAGGUAAGGACACUGCAACAGUGCAUGUGUGCACAACUAUUUGGCAUCCGGAGGUGCUCGCGAAUCAGAAAGUCGAAGCAGUGAAAGGGGAUGGGAGUUGCGUGCGCCGAACAAAAGGUCAUGUGCAGAAGGGGUGGAAGGAGAACCUCGGCACAACGUCGCAAAUGCGAAGAGGAGGGGAGGAAGGGCAGAAAACAAUUGAUCUGAGGGGAUCCGAAGGUGUAAAGGCAGCCAACACCGAAAAACGAUACGAGUCACGGGACACAGUAGGUCAGACGCAAAGGUCCGACGUGAAGGUUUCGAAAUUGGAAGGUGUUGAGGCAGCCAACACCGAAAAACGAAACGUGUCACGGGACACAGCAGGUCAGACGCAAAGGUCCGACCCGUAUGAUGAGACAGACGACGGUGAAGGACGUAACGACGGCACAUGCGACAAAGGACAAUCGUACGAAGAAGAUGCGAGCAACGAAGAGGAGGACAGCGAGAAAGGGUAUAACAACAUAGAGGACAACGAUGGCGAGGACAAAGAGGAGGAAGACAUAUCUCGGAGCAGCAGCAGGGAAGAAAGGUGUAGCGAAGACAAUACACAAAACACAUCUCGAAAAACGCAAGGAGGAAGAAGUCACGGACGCAGGCAGGAUAGCAACGCCAACAAGCAGUUCGUUCUCAAGGAGAAGGCAAUUGAAGGACGUAAGUACGCAAUAUAUGAGAAAAAUAAAAAUAUCCGAACACAAAUGGCUAGUCGAUAUGUUGUUUUGCUCAGACUGUUGUCGUUGCAUGCCAGUUGUGCAAAAUGGUAGCGAACUGUAUAUGUUAUUCGAUAAUAAAAUUUUGCGUAGGCU